CCAAAAUGGCGUCGAAUUAACACAAAUACUAGGAAUAUUUGCUGAAGCCUGUUGAUGAUAAACAACUGAUAGUUAGUAUUGAAAACAAUUCUAACAAAUUAAUAGCAACCUGUCUUAUUGACUAUUGGUAAAGUAGAAUAAACUUAUUGACCCUAACUGCUAUCAUGUUGGGGUCCCUGUAAUGAAAGUUACGGCAAGUUACUGUCACUACUACUACUACUACUGUCAGUACAGCAGAGUGUUGGGCACUGAUAGAUUUUUGUUAGAGCCUAUUUUACAUUUUAGGUUUGAAGAUUUAUGUUCAAGUUUGGGAGGGGGGACUAUAUUUAAGUUUGAAAAUUAUGCAUGAUUUAGGCAUACUCAUACGUCCGGUAAAUUAAGCAUUCAGGUUAGGUCUAGACUAGAUACUUCGAUGAAAGAAGGGAGACUACUAUUUUUUUUGUAUCGGAAAUGGGCGUCGGCGCCGAAAAAUCCGAGUUUUUAAUUUUCCGAUGUGUGUGUCUAUUUAUUAUUAAAUUAGUUCUUUCCACAUAUAUUUGAGUUCCGUUUCCGGCCUUAUAAUUUGGAAGACAUCUUGGCCUACAUUUCUAGCCAGCUAUUUUGCUUUUUUCAAUCGACCUUUAUUUUGAAAAUCUUUGGUAUAUAUAAGGCAUCUUCGCAUACAAAAUUUUUUGUGAAAUAAUAAGAUAAGGUCCUUUUUGAUUAAAUCUGUAUGAGCAUUAGAUAUUGAUCUAUAUCUGUGCCAAGUUUCAUUGAUGUAGGUCGUGUCUCACGUUUGUUACACUUGUCACAGUGACCCAUAUCACCAUAAGGUGGCUCAGCCUAAUUUCGACAUGGCGUGGGCCACGCCCCCUUUUUAAUGGCGGAAGUUGCCGAUACUUAGGAAAUAUUUAAUUAUUACCACUAUAUACAUCAAAAUAUUUUAUAUUUUGUGUUUCAGAAUGCAUUUUGAAGACAUUUAAACUGGAAAUGUUUUAAUUUGAGCUUUAAAAACCCUGCAGAGUCCAUAUUAUAAAUGAUCAGAAUUUUCCCUGUGCAACACGUUGUCAUUGGCAACCAUUCACAGCCACUUGCAUAACGGCUACGUCGUAGUACUAUCUCAGAGUUUCAUUCAUAAGAGUUUGCCGUGUGCAAAAGCUAUUAAACCAUUGGUCAGGGAAAGCUUUUAUUAAUUAUUCAUGUGCCAAAGUUGAAAGUUUAAAAUAAGUCGACCCUAAACAGUAUUUUAGUGAUAAGGGAAUGCUUUGCCUUAUAUAAACUAUAUAGUCAUUGCGCAUGACGCGAUCAGUGGAAUGAGGUCACAGAAUGUGGAGAUGCAGUCUAUGUUAAAAAAUGACAAACCAAGUCGUACUUUAAAAAUUCAUAACUUUAAAACUACAACAGCUAAAAAUAUGAUUUUGGUGUUAUAAUUAUGUUUAAAAUUAGCUCUAUUCAACUGUGCCAUUGGUUUAUUUUUAAAAAAUGUUAACAUUUUUGACCAAAGUAUCUAGUCUAGACUGUCUAGAGUCUAGGAGUUGUAGAAUUCAGUCAAUUUAGAUUGAAGUUUUUUUGUGAAAAAAUGUGUUCAUUCAGAAUUUAGUUUGCUUAAUUUUUGCUCAUUUUUAACAUUUGUUUUUUCUUGCCAAAAUAUGUUACACAGGGGUGCCACUUUUCCGGGUUAUCCCGGAAUUCCCCGGAUUCGUGAGGCUAAAUAUUUAUAAUUUUUCAGUUCCGGAUUCGCGAGUUUUUAUAUUCUCUCGUUCCGGAUUCGCCUGUUCAAUAUAUUCAAAUACGGGUUCUGUUUUUUUUUUUUUAUCAACAUGUAACAGAAUGCGCGAAAAACUGGGAAAAUUCCUUGAAAAUGGACGUUAAUUGCUGAUCUCGUCUAUUUUUAGCAUUUCUGUUGCCAGAGAGCUAGUGGUUUCCCCUUGCACAUGUGCUUUGACCUCUACACUUUUCGAGUAACGUACUACUUUGAUAGACCAGAAAUGUUUAUUUUCUGUUCACAUCGCCGAUCCAGAGAUAUUUGAAGUGUUUGGGUAAGCAAAGUGUAAAAUUUUGUAAAUAUUUUUUUUAAUUUAGUUUUUAAUUUUUGGGUAACCAUUAUAAAAACACUUGUCCAAGACUAAGCUUAGCGUACUUUGUUAUGUUUUACUGUAUGCAGGCGACAUGUAUUUUUUAUAGAAGAGCUAGGCGGCGUUUAAAGACUUCUAAGUUAACUUUACAUUUCAUUACGGAGUAAGCCUUCUUAUUUUAAAUAGGCUAAUAUGAUUAAGUUAUUUUUAUCCCUUCAGUAGUUAGCCUGACAUAACUGUAUUUAGUUAUUCUUUAUUUAUUAGUUAUGCACUCCUGUGUUCUGACUGUGGGUAUACUUUACGGACGGUAAUUCUACUAUUACUAUUACUAUUAUUCAUAUGGCUCUGUUGCCGUAGUUUAGUACUGGUAUAAUAUAGUCUAUAUGAUUAUUAUGUAUGCCUUACUAUAAAUUAUAAAUCUAAUAUGAUAAUAUAUUUUAUUUUGUUUCACUAUUCAGGAUCUAGGCUCAAUAAAAUAAUGUAAUGCCCAACAGUUCCUUUAACUUUAAAGAACUGAUGGGCAUUACAGUUACAGCAAUCAUGAUUGAAUAAGUCAUCAGUGCUAUACUAUGCUGGAAAUAUUGAUAUCAAGUAUUAAAGGGGAAAAUGUCUGAGUCAAUCAUCUGAUGAUACCAGCUUUAUCACCUAUCUUAGGUGUCCACUUCUGUAACUUCUCAAUUAUGAAAUUUAUGUGUCAAACUAUGAAACUCUCACACUUGGAGGAUUUUAUAGACACUAAAAUGUGUUGACUCAAACUAUCCAUUUUCAUCAUAAAGAAGAGAACAUGAACUCCAUAUAAGAAAAGAUGCUUUCAGCUUGUGGUAGCUAGCUAUACGUUUGUUCUAAAAUGUCCAGAUAACCCAUUGCAAAAGUUGACUUUUCAAGUCUGAGUAAAUUGAAAAAUUGCGAUUGCUAGGAAAUUUAAUAAAUAUUUACGUGUAUACACCUUAAUUGUUUAAUUUUGUUCAUUUGUGAUGUAUCUCAAUGUUUUAUUUCAUAAUUUCAUGCUUGUUUUUAUAUUAAUCAACAAAAACGCUGCAUUGCGAUAAUCAGGAAUUUUGAGUUUCAUUAAGUUUCAGAGAUUGAAAAAUUUGUAAAUGAAGUUUCAGGUUUCAAGACAUUUUUAGAAAGGGAUUUCAGGGUUCACAGCUUUCAGUGAGUGGCAUCCCUGAUGUUACAUUUUUUAAACUUUUGUCCAUUCAUUGUUAAAUGGUUCAAAUCUUACCAUUUUCAUGCAAUAAGACAAUAGAAGUUUCAAAAAAUGUAUUUAAAAAAAAUAGCCCAUUCAUUCUCAUCAGUUUUGCAUCACUUUUUUUUAAUUAGACUUGACUACUUUUUUUUUUUUUCACACAGCCUGCCAUUUUUAUUGCCAUGAAUGACACGUCUGUAGUCAUUGCAAUAAAGAUGAGGGCAGUGUGAAAAAAGUAGAGCAAAACGUUGUAGAACAGGGGGGGUGGGGGGUUGUCAAGCACAAAUUUACCGAAGCUCAUUUCUCCAAUAAUUUAAAAUAGGCUUACAUACACAUAUAUACCUAGCAGUAAGGCUGGGAAUGUCUUCCACUGUAUUAAAUGUUGGAGGUUCUCCAGGUUCCAUAUUCAAAAGAUUUUUUUUUUGGCUCUGUACUUAAUUGAUUCAAGUUUUUCUUGGUCUCUCCUCCCCAUUACAUUUUGUUGAAAUGUACUGUGACAUGGUGUCAUGAUUGAAAUUAAUGGCACACUGGUACUUCUUUUUUCAGCCUAUUAAUAUAAAGCAUUUUUAACGAUGUGGGCGAAUUUUCAGCAAGGAUAAAUUUCUUUUACAUAAAAUAAAAAAAGAAUAUAAGUGAAAAUAUGAAGGACGACCACUUUGUAAACAAGUACACUUGAAUUUCAUAUAAGACAUUCAUAACUUUUGAACCACUUGAGCUAGAAAGUUGGUCUUGUUGUCUUUUGAACAAUUUAAUGGGUUCUGUGGUAAAUAAUAGGGUUACUGGAAAUUUGAUUGAAAGAAAUUUCGUCGACGGUAAAGUGAUCGAACGGAAAUGUAGUCUAAUUUUUUUUUCAGUUAACACGUUUUGAUACCAUUAUACUAUAUAGUAAAACAAAAUGAUGUGUUCCAAAAGAAAUUUGAAGAAAAAUUUUAACAUAAAAACUGAAUAAAAGAUUCUACCAAAUUUCCGUUAGAUCAAAUUACCGUCUAUCAAUUUACCGUUGUUGAAAUUUCUUUCGAUCAAAUUUCCGGAUACAAAAUAAUACAGCCUAUUUUGCUUUCUCCAGCUUAUUUUCUAUACUAACAUCACGUCUUAUUGCUCUGAUUUUAUUAACAAAUUUAAAAAAAAAAUCAAUUAAAUUAUUUAUUACCAUAAAUUUUUAAAAAUUUUAUUUAUUAACAUUUAAAAUUUUUAUUUUUUAUUGAAAUAAGGUUGAUGAACAGAAAAUACAAUUUGGUGUAAAGGCUAAGGAACUCUCUUCUUCUGGGGAAAAUGCAAUUCAAUCACCAGAAAAAUAAAUUCACCCUAUGAAGCAAAGAGAAUGAAAUAUGAAAAACUCAGUUAUUGUUAAUGGUGCUUAACUGAUCUAGUUUUAUCUGAAGAUCAUUUUAAUCAGUUGGUCCAGGUAAAGUACAAUGCACUGUAACCUUGCAUACCAAAAAUAUAUUUGCUUACAUUUACAUAUUAAUGUUUGAAGAUUAAUUAAAUCAAUUUGAUUUAAAGUCAACUGCUUUUUGCUCUGCUCAUUAUCUUUUGAGCUUUAAUAGCCAAAAGUAAAUUUAUAAUAAUAAUGCCUUCUUUCAAAAUUAUAUAGACAGGCAGAGUAUAAGCUUUUGUAUCUAUUUUUUUAUUGGACCGUUAACCACCCUGUAAUACCUUUUUGUUGUAACAGAUUGACAUGUCAUUUAAAUCAACUAAGAUUCUUAACAUUUUAGAAAAAAACAAUUAUAUAUUAUAUAUACAGCGGGGCUAGGAAUCCAAAUUUAUACUUAAUCAGUUCCAGAACCCCAUUUGAGUACCAAAUCGUUUUCCCCACACAUUUUUGUCCCUUUUUUAAUUGAUAGAAACUGGAUUAAUCCAUUCCUGGUCCAACAAACUCAAAGAAUCCCAGUCCCUUUCUUAAAGUUCUUGAAUCACCCCUCACAGGUGUCCUCUUCUUUUCCUCACUAAACUUUUAUGAACCCAUUGCAAAUACACUAACUUUUUUCAAAAUUAAUCAAAAAUAACAAAAAGGGCACACAAGUAUAAAAUUAGCAGUGAAAAUAAGAUGAGAUGCUUUUACUACAGCUUUUGACAAUGAACUGAAUGACAAAGCUUAUAGUUAGUCAGAGUGCAGAGGAAAUGUACACUAAAAAAAACAUCCAAAGAACAUGCUGGAUUCCAAAGCAGCAUUCAGAUUCAAGUUGUUUGAAUUCUAGGGCCCCACUGUAUAAUGAUCUUAGCUUUACUUUAUUCAAACCAAAUUCCUUUUCUUCAGAUUUUUAUGGAGACCAAAUGGAGAACAUCAUUGUAAAAGAUUUUGAAAACUUGAAGGUUUUUGCUCAACGUAAUUUUAUAAUGGAUGAGCUGGUCCAAGAUCUUACAACAGCCUUAGAAGAAACUGCCAAUGUAGGUAGACCUGGAACAUCACAGGCUGAAGGUGCUAAUUCAAGCACAUAUCCUAGGCGAUAUGUGAAGAAACGAAGAGGAUUAAGACGACCUGCUGCUAAUAAUUAUUACUGGAAGCGGGGCACAAUUAGUGAAGCUUCAGAAAGUAGUGUUGAUGAGCACCCUAUUAGGGACUAUGCUGGAAAUGUGAUCCAUAGUGACUCUGAUGAUUUGGCAGCAUGCCAACGUAUUCCCAAGUUGACUGUUCCAUUAGUGGAUCCAGUGCCCCCUGUGGAAUCUGACUCUUUCACCGAAAAUCUGUCACCACUAAGGCCACAGAGAAGAAGACGAAAAUUCAAAACUAUGGCUGUGGAUUCAUCUCCCUUGACUGAUCAUAUUCCUUCAGAUGCAGAUUCUGCUUCUGGUGACAAGCAGCUUGGAAGAAGGAAAGAAGAAUCACCAGCUGGUGGUGUUGAUAAACCAAAUUACUCUGGUUUAAAGGGUUCCAUACCUGGUUCUUAUGCAUCACACUCUCAUGCAGUAACUGCAGGGAAAAGGAAGAGAAGCAGUAAAAGUCGCACAGAUUACAACUUUUGUCCUAACAGGGAUUUUCCCUCACAUGGAGUUUCCUCAAACAUGGAUAGAAUGGAAAUAGCUAGCAUUUCACAGUAAGAAAAGUUAUUUAAAAAACGUUUCAACACCUGUUUCAGCACAAUGCAUCAUUCUCACCAUUAUUUAGUUAAACAUUUUAUUAUUUUCAAAGUGGCACAUCAUGCAUUUAAAAAAACAAAAAAAACUUGUCCUUUGGGGCUAAGGUUAGACAAAAAUUAUUUUCGUACCUGUUAAAUACAUUAAUUAAUAAUAAUUAUCAUUAUAACUUCAUGAAAGUCUGCACUUUGGGAAUAAGGAAUUAAAAAAAAAGACAUUCACACCAAGUGCUUUGAUCUUCUGAUGUAUUUGAUUCAGUCUAGGGGUGUUAUCACUUUGAUAAGGAUUCAGUGCUUUUAAAAGGUUAUAUUUUUUUUUUUGUAGGGAAAGUUCUCUCAGUAGUAGUGAAUUUGAUAGUGAUUUGAAUGCCAACAAUGAAGACACACGAGAAGGUAAGUCAAAUAUAUAUAUUAUUUGUGGUAAGUUUGUGAUAGUUGUUUUAUUACUUAAGCAAUCUCGUUUCAAUGUUAUGAAUAUUUGAUCAGCAAAGAGAAGAGAAAUAAUCUACCUAUAUAGAGCAAUAUAUUUUUUGUUUAACCAUCUCUAAAUUUUGUGGUUCAAUUAUUUGUAUACUUUGAUUCUUAUUUUUAUCUUUGGCAGCUGAUGAUGAACAAAGUGAUUUUUUUCAUGAGCCUGGACCUGCAUGUGGAAUACCAGAUAUAGUUCCUUGGUGGGAAAAUGAACGGGUAACAGAUGAACCACUGCGAAUUGAUUCUGACUUUGAAAAAAUACUAACUGGAACAUUUGCACACCUACCAAAAUUCUCUAAUCAAAGCUUUAAGGCCAGAGUGGGGAAGCUAAUGUCGGGGGUAAUGUUUAUCAUCUGGAUGACUAUCUUCCUUAUUACGGCAUUUAAAAGUUGUGUCAGAAAUGUUUGAAAUUUAAUAACAUAUACAGUGCCAGUGGAGAAUUUCAGCACUGAUAAUACAUUUCCUUUCAAUACCAAUGAAGCUGUAAACCUCAGAUAUGAAAGGGAAAAUAGUAUCUUAUUUGAAAUAAAAAUGUUAGAUCUCAAUGAUGUUGUAAUUAUUUAUAUUUCCCUGUAAAGUUUAAAGUCCUUUUAUCUCUGUAACUUGAAAAACACACUGACCUAGUAAGGUUGGAUUUACCUAUAUAUCUGAAAAACUUGUUUUAAAAAAAUUAUUGAAUUUCCUAAAACAGCUAAAAUAAUGCCUUGGUAUCGAAAGGGAAUUUCACAAGGAACAACAUUGAUCCUUUAAGCAGGCAUGAGCAAACAUUUUUGUUCCAAAGCCAUAUGAAUUUUUGAGAGGAUGCUAGCGAGUUGUACAAAGAACAUAACAUAAUUUCAUAUUAAAAAAUAAUACUACAAACUUAAUUUUCAUUACAAAGUACAUGAAUCCUUAUCAAGACAUUCAUUAUCAAGGGAUUUUUAUAAAUUAAAAUUAGAAUGAAUCUUCUAAAUAUACAUGGAUGAUAAAAUUAUAGUCUCUAGAUGGCUGAUAGCAUAAAAUGUUUUAGCAUAUUCCGCUAACCUUAAUGUGGCGAGCUGGAUCUGGUCCAUGGUCCAGGGUAUGCACAUGCCUGUUUUAAACGCACACCUUUGACUACUAUUGCAAAUACCAUGGCAUUUAAGAACAUUAGUAGAAAGAUUAUUUGUACUGAUUUUUGAAAUAUUUUGUUUCAUCUUUAGACGGGUCGAGAAAUUCGAUUAGGAAGGAGGAAGUUAAAAGGCAAGGUAAGUGGUUUUUACAAAAAAAAUCAGCUGUAAAACAAAAUUUUCAAUUACUCAGGAGUGAUAUUCCAAUCAAAGAACCAAGCUCCGGGAGUGGGCUUCCAAUCAAAAGGACUAGGUUAUAGGAGAGGGCUUCCGAACAAAGGACCAAGCUCCAGGAUAGGGCUUCCCAUCAAAGACCUGGCUCCAGGAUGUGGAUUUCCCAUCAAAGGACCGGGCUCGCCUGAUUAACUUUCAUUUUUUUUGGAUAAAAUCACACUGCUGGCUAAUGAAAAACCAUUCUUGAAAAAAAAAAAAAAAAAAAAAAAAAGACCACUAUCUGCAAAAGCAAGGAGCUGGUAAAUUUACCUUGCAGAUCAGCAUAAACAAAGAAAGUACUGGAGUGUACAACAGCGCACACAGCUAUAGAACUUGUUACUAAACUUGGAGAUUUCAAUGAAUGUUACAAGUAGAGUUGGCAAGCUUUGAUGUGCAAUUUAGGAUGGUAUUCUAUUGCAUUCCAUACAUUCAUUCAAAUGAUGUUUUUAUAAAUAAUGGGGAUUUGCUAUUAAUCAUGAUCAUUUAAAGAAUGAAGAAUUCAUCAAAAAAAGAGGGUGAAAAGAAAUUUGCUGUUUGCAAAAUGUUUUGUAGGACUCUUUGAAAGAUGCCAACCAAGGGAAAGAAGUACUGAAGACUUGGAGGGAGCUAUAGCAAAGAGAGCUUUAAAAAUUCGGCAUCAAUUAGAGUCAUCAGAAAUCAAUGGUUGCACAAUGUGUUGCAGAAUAAUAUAAAGAACUAAAAUUUAAAUAUUCUGAUAGAUAAGAUGUUGUAUUUAUUCUAAAUCUAUUAUCGGUAGACAGUUUUAAAUUAUUUUUUUUUUUAGAUGCCUCGUUACACUGUUGGGAGGUUUCUACAAGACAGAGAACACUGGAACCGCAUGCAAAGCCAUCAUCCCAGUCCACUGGUGACAGGUGCAUUAGGUGUUUGCAGCAACAAUAGCAAUUGUCAUGGUGUAGAAUUUAAGCGAAGGAGGCAUGUAACUAGAAGUGCAGCUAGUGUAGAAGGUAUUUUCAUAAUUAGUUUUUUUUCAUCUUAGGAACUCAACUGGCUUGAAUUAUACACUUGGGCCAUAGCUGUUGCCAGCUGUGUGCAGUAAUAUUGUUACGUGCUAUUUUAAGAUUAAACAAUUUUAGUUUUGUUUAAAAAUUGGCUCGUAAUAUAAAAACAAUCUGUAACAAAGGACUGAAAAUCAGUAUACUUAAAACAUACGAUACAAAAGCUAGCGAAAAUAACAAAGAACAAUUUAUUUAGGCUAUUACUAUUAAAAAAAAACCUUACAAUAUUUGAGUUUGAGUACAAAUACAAUUGAGGGAUGAUAGAACAAUGUCAUAAUAAAUUAUAAAUAUUUAUCCUAAAGAUCACAAACACAACAAACCAUUGCCUCUCAAUAGUCUUGUACUGUCACCAUGCAAAAGCACUGGGGAAAUUUUUUUAAUUGAAAGGUACCCAGGUAAAAUUUCAGCUACCUUAUAUACCCCCCAAGAAAGAAGGUCACAUGGUCACAACACUCAAGGAAAGAUAGGUUUCUAGACUAUUUUGAACUGUCACAAACUCUUCCGACCCAUGUCAUCUUGAGGCAAAGAAAAAAAAUUAACUCAUAAUGUGGCAAGUUCAAACCAAAAAGGUGUCACCAAGUUAAGUGGGAAAUGUAAACAAAAGGAAAAAUGUUGGUCAUGCCACAUAACAAUAUAUUUUUAAUGAUAUUGAAUGUUGUUCAAUUUCAAUGCAAUAUUUUUAAAAAUGGAUGUGUUUUAAGAUUUUAUCAAUGACUGAUAGAUCAAUGUAGUCAAAAUUAUAAAUCACACUUUUUUUUCUUUCCUAACAAAAUUUUUAAUUAAAUGCCUUUUGGAAAUGCUUGGUAAUUACAUGUUUAGAAAUAUUUUUGUCCUUUUAACUCUUUCCCUCCGGAAUUAUUUUCCACAUUGUGACGGAAAUAUCUAUUUUGGGUUUUUGUUAUGCACUACUAUGUUAUCUCUAAACCUUCAUAACUUUUUGUUUUUAAUCAGAAAAUGUUAAUUUUGGUAUGGAAUUAAAGGGAAAUGCAUGCUCUUUGCAAGCAAACAAGAUUUGGGUUUAAAUUUUAAUAAAUAAAUGUGAUUGUGAUUUAAGGAAAAUAAAAAUUUAUUAAAAAAACCUCACCAAAUGUUCACAAAACGCUCAUUCCAAGUCACAUGAAGAGAAAUAUAUAAUCCAAAGUGUAACAAAAAUGUUUUUUCCUGAACUAUAUCUAUAUGUGCAUCAAAAAUAAUAAAUAUCAACUUUCAAAAAAGAAAAAAUUAAACCUCAGAGCUCAUAAUCCAUUGUCACCGACACACAAAAAGUGUGCAAAAAAAUUUAACUAAUUCCACUGGAAACAAUCUAUUGCUAUUUAGAAAAUAAUUGCACUGUAUCCUUGUAUGCACUAACAUUUAUAAUAUUAAAUGAAAAAUCUGCCAUACAUUUGUCACAUAUUUCCAUCUGGGUUUAGCUAUAGUAAGCCUAAAAAACAAUCCAUAUUGAUGUGCACUUUAGCUGGGGCGGGGCUGGUUGUUCAUCAGUUGAUGAAUUACCAAUUUCAUUAUUUUGUCACUAGUAUUACUAAUACUAAUACUAAAAUUAUAAUCAUACAGAAUCAGCCUCUGCAUUUGAAAUCAUAAAAUCACUAUCUGAAUCAUCAUCAGAGUAAUAUUUUCCACCUUUAUUAGAUCGAUCACCAGAUGGGUCAGGUCAAGAUUUCAUGUUUGUAAACAAAAAUAAAAUGGACAAUCAAAACAACCGCUUCAAACAAUUCAUUCUUUGUUCAAAAACAAUAAAACCAGAUGUUUAUGAAAGGGAAAUCAUUCUAGAAUUGAUUUAAAAUAACUAAAUACCAAUAGCUAAGAAAAGAACCGAAAUAAACAGGUUUUAUACAUCGUCGAUCCCAUCGUCGAUACGCCAAAAUCUUCAUUUCAAAUUGACGAUGGGAGCGUUUAUCCGGAGGAAAGAGUUAAACCAGGUGAUCUCAGCUCGGUUAUAUUUUAAAAAUAUUAAGAAAGAGUUUAGAAUCACUUAUAGUUUAGACAGUAUUUAAUAUAUUUUGAAUCUUUUUAGGGUUAAAUUUAUUUUGCAUUCUUUCCAGGAAUAAGUGGACAGUGUUCUGACCCUGUCCCUGAGAACAGUGUCACUUCUAAGGUACUACGUCCCAUUGGAACUGGUGCGAUGAAAAGCCCAGUUGCAGCAGUGAGAAGGAGCACAAGAAAGAGUGGAGCUGGCUACAUCAACGUUUCAGAUUCUUGAUGACAAAAAAUCUUUCAAUCUUUAAAUUUUUACAUUUUGCUGAAGAUGGAGGGUUUAUUUCAUUUAUGUUAUUUCUAACAGAAUCAUAACUUUUUAAGGACCUUCAAAUGGGAUAUUUUUUUAUCAACAAAUUAUUCUUUUAAAAUAGCUUUUGAUAUUUUAUAGCUCAUGGCUUUAUUAUAAUCUAUAAUGCAGAAGAGUAGAUAUUACAAUUUUGUAAUGGCAUAAAGUUCUUUUAAAAUAUUUUAUGAUGACACAAGUUUGAGCGCAACUUAAGAACUAUGAAAUGUCAAUGCUCACCUGAAUUAUUCAGAGCAAAUUUUAAUGCAAGCUAAAUUAUAUUUUCUGACAAACUGGAGAAUGUUUGUGUUUAUUUUGUAAUGUAAAUUCAAGAGUUGCCCUAUGAUAAAGAUCAAUGGAUUUCUUUAACACUUUUCUAUUGAUGAUAAAUUAUUGGAUAUUGGAAAGAUUAAGUUUUAAUUAACUGGAGAUCUACAUUUGCAGUGUUCUAACUACUCAGCAAUUGUGUGCAUUUUGUAAACAAUUUAAUGUUGAAAAUGAAUUCUGCAUUGUAAUGUUUAAAUUAAUCUUUCCACUGACCUUUUGAAAAGGUACUGGUGGAAGAUCAAGUUGGGAGAGCCCCACUUGCCCUUAAAUUAAUCCCCACUCCAUGGGUAAAUUCAUUAAUACAAAUAAUUGUUAAUUCUGAUUUGUUCAUUCUCAUUUCAUCAUUACAUAUAUUUGACUUGGGAAUUCUUACAUUCUUAAAAACAAAUUGUCUCUAGUCAAAAUACAUGUAUUUAUUUGUGCAUGGCUUAUUAGUAAUGAGAGAGGGCAAUGUUUAAAAAGAACAUUUACAAAAAAUCUUUAUGAAUUUGUAAUGUUAUUGAAUGAACUGACACAUUUCAGUUGUAGCUGAUAUCUUUUAAUUUGUAUGGUAACAUUUUUAAAUGUGUACUUAUUCUUUUUUAAAUUUGACUUAACAAAUUUUUAAAACCUUAUUAAAUGUAAACUUUAAGCUCACUGAUCAUCUCAAAGUGCAAACCCUCAAUAUCUUUCUGCAGUCUAAUUAUAUCUUAAUAAAAAAUGGCAGACCAUCCGUCAAGCCAAAUCUCAUUAGGUCUUCCCCAACAUACCCCCUCUUUUCCCCAACAUACCCCCUCUUUUCCCCAACCUGAAUAGUGCUCGUCAACUAGUCUGGCUGCGAAGCGGCACCCUGGAGUUUCUCUGCCGAUAAGUCAGCUCCAUACGCCUUCCUUCUGCAAUCAAAUUAUUCAAAUAUUAGUAAUACAGAAUAUGUGUUUUUGAACCUCUUAUUUCAUGUUGUGGGAGAAAGAGCAGUUCAUUAUUAUACAUAAUAGUAAUGUUCCCUUGUGGAUAGAGAAUUUCUAAAUUAUAUUUUGAUUAGACAUGCAUAGGUAUUUUAAAAAGUUGAUAUAUAUUUUAGCCUUUCCCAAACCCACUUCAGUCUUUUGAUGAGCGAAAAUAAAGGAUAUUGAUAACAAAGGAAUUAAGUUUUAAUGGAGUUAAAAAUUUGCAGUUUUAAGACACAGGUCUGAAAAAGUGCUAUUGCACAAUAAUUUACAAACAUUUUUAUUAGGUGAGUUUAUGUCAUCAUUGGCUUCAAUGCAUUAUAUUAUUUAUUAUUAUUUACAAUCACUUUUCAGGCUCUUGUAGAUAAUGUAAAUAUGAUUUUAAUGGAAUUAUAGUUUUAUUCCAAUCAUUUCUUGAUUACUAAGUGUUUAUGUGAUAAUUCAUUGUUUUAACUUCAUAAGCCAAAGACAGACCUGUCCCCAAAAGGCUUAAUAUUUUUUUAAACAUUUCAAUAAAUAUAAGCUCUAAAGAAUUUAGUUGUUAAAAAAAUUGAUUUGUCUUACUGUUUGAAUAACAAUACAUUUUAUUGACAAUGAUCAGGUUUAGAAAGGGCUUUCUUAGCAGUCUAAUAGUACUAAUAAAGCUAUUUUAAAAUUUCAUAAAAUAGAGUAGCAUGUCCUUGGAAAAGCUACUUUACCAAAAUUUGAGAAAGGUCCACAUUAAAUACAGUCGUUGGAACUUGACAACUCACACAAUCCGUUUUAUUACUUUCAAAUUUGUUUUUCAUGCCUAAUUUUAAAUAUUUCACUAUAAUUACAUUAAAAUCCACUGCAUAGCCACUAGGACAAACCAAGUUAAUCUCUGGUGUCUGAAAAUUGUUUUUUUCCCGCAACCUGGUACCACUAUGAAUAUACAGUAUAUUAUAUGCUAUGAAAACAUUCUGCAACACAUUUACUGUCAUACAAUUUUUAAACAUUUGUUCAGUUGUAACAUUUUGUUCUCUUCUUACAAAAUAUUUAUAAUAUAAUAUAUUAUUCCUGAG